AUGCAUGACGCCCAGAAAUAUCCAGUUCCACGGCCAUGUCCCAGCACCCCCCUGCGUCCCCAGCAUCCCACCAUGUCCCAAGCACCCCACCAUGUCCCCAGCACCCCGCCAUGUCCCCAGCGACCAGCCAUGUCCCCAGCACCUCACCAUGUCCCCAGCACCCCACCAUGUCCCCAGCACCCGCCAUCCCCAGCGCACCCCGCCAUGUCCCCAGCGCCCUGUCAUGUCCCCAGCACCCACCAUGUCCCCAGCACCUGCCAUGUCCCCAGCACCCCGCCAUGUCCCCAGCACCCCGUCGUGUCCCCAGCACUGCCAUGUCCCCAGCACUGCCAUGUCCCCAGCACCCCUGCCAUGUCCCUUAGCGCCCUGUCUGUCCCCAGCGCCCUUCAUGCCCCAGCACCCCUGCAUGUCCCCAGCGCCCCGUCACCCCAGCCCCCACCAUGUCCCCAGCACCCUCUGCCAUGUCCCCAGCGCUCCGCCAUGUCCCAGCACCCCGCCAUGUCCCCAGCCCCACCAUCUCCCCCCCAGCACCCCACCAUGUCCCCAGCACCCCACCAUGUCCCCAGCACCCCGCCAUGUCCCCAGCGCCCCGCCAUGUCCCCAGCACCCCGCCAUGUCCCCAGCACCCCGCCAUGUCCCCAGCACCCCGUCAUGUCCCCAGCACCCCGCCAUGUCCCGCGCCCUGUCAUCUCCCCAGCGCCUGUCGUGUCCCAGCACCCGUCCCCAGCGCCCCCACACCCCAGCCCCCACCAGUCCCCCAGCACCCCGCCAUGUCCCCAGCACCCCACCAUGUCCCCAGCCCCGCCAUGUCCCCAGCACCUGCCAUGUCCCCAGCACCGCCAUGUCCCCAGCGCCCGCCAUGUCCCCAGCGCCCCUGUCAUGUCCCCAGCGCCCCGUCGUGUCCCCACGCACCCCUGUCCCCCCAGCGCCCCAGCCCCACCAUGUCCCCAGCACCCCGCCAUGUCCCUAGCGCCCCUGUCGUGUCCCCAGCACCCCGCCAUGUCCCCAGCGCCCCAUCAUCUCCCCAGCACCCCACCAUGUCCCAGCACCCGCCAUGUCCCAGCGCCAUAUCCCCAGCACCCCGCCAUGUCCCCAGCACCUGCCAUGUCCCCAGCACCCCCAUGUCCCCAGCGCCCCGUCAUGUCCCCAGCGCCCUGUCAGUCCCCAGCACCCCGCCAUGUCCCCAGCGCCCUGUCACCCCAGCCCCCACAUGUCCCCAGCACCCCCGCCAUGUCCCCAGCACCCCACCAUGUCCCCAGCGCCCCUGCCAUGUCCCCAGCGCCCCGCCAACCCCAGCCCUGUCCUUUGUUCCCAGCCCCCACCAUGUCCCCAGCAGCACCCCAUGUCCCCAGCGCCCCUGCCAUGUCCCCAGCACCUUCCCCAGCCCCCACCAUUCCCAGCACCCCGCCAUGUCCCCAGCGCCCUGUCAAGGCCCCAGCGCCCCUCGUGUCCCCCAGCACCCCGCCAUGUCCCCAGCACCCCCAUCUCCCCAGCCCCCACCAUGUCCCCAGCACCCGCCAUGUCCCCAGCGCCCCGUCAUGUCCCCAGCGCCCCUGUCGUCCCCAGCACCCCGCCAUGUCCCCAGCGCCCCGUCAUGUCCCCAGCCCCACCAUGUCCCCCAGCACCCCCAUGUCCCCAGCACCUGCCAUGUCCCCAGCACCUGCCAUGUCCCCAGCCCCCACCAUCUCCCCAGCCCCCACCAUGUCCCCAGCGCCCUGCCAUGUCCCCAGCACCCCACCAUCUCCCCAGCACCCCACCAUGUCCCCUGAGCACCCCGCCAUGUCCCCAGCACCCCACCCCCCAGCCCCCACCAUGUCCCCAGCACCCGCCAUGUUCCCAGCCCCCACCAUGUCCCAGCGCCCGCCAUAA